AUGACAACCACUUUGCCCACCUUGGCUCCGCCUUCAACGAUCAUAAAACGUCAAGCUUCUCCUACACCUAUCGUCGAGCUUCACGUUACACCUCCAUCUCUGCCCCCACCUCCGGCCCCUCGUCCCGCCAUCAGCCAUGGACACCGCAUCAACAUCCGAACGGACCCGUUCAUCCAGCCACCCUACCUCGCCGAGCCCGUUCCGACCGAAGAUGGCGGAUUCAUCUACUAUUCGUGCCGCCCCGGUGGCCCGCGCCUCUAUGACUAUCUGAUGGUCUUAUCUCUAAAGCCUUAUGGGCUCAUGCGGUGGCAGGUAGAAGAGGCCGAGGCGCAUAUAUUGGGGAGCGAGGGCUUGAGCGAUGUCGGGAAGUGUAUGCAUGCACUUCAUAAUCGAUGGGUGUUCUUGCACGAACUACUGAUGUACGUCGAUCCUGCAAAGUGCAUCGCGGACUUCGUGCACUCUUGGUGGCAUCACAUCUACAACAUGGUGGGACUGAAAGUCCUCACGCAUUAUCUCAGUGAGUUCCAGCACGCGAAACUCAUCACAGUGAGACAAGCAGCCGACAUAUGCUUUCAGUAUCGCGCCGAUGUCAAAGCCGGCACGGCCGAAGAUGGGUCUGUUCUUGCUCCUGAUCGCGCGCGUCAGCCGGACGUAGCAGGGGCUUGA